AUGGAACUCAUGGAACUCGUCGAGAACGAGCCUACCGCUCGCCCCUUCCAGUGCGACUGGCAGUCGUGCAACAAGAGCUUCAACAGGAAGUCCGACUUGCAAAGACACUACCGCAUUCACACCAACGAGCGUCCCUACUCCUGCACGACACCUGGUUGUGGCAAGAGCUUCAUCCAGCGAAGUGCGCUCACCGUUCACAUCCGCACUCACACCGGAGAAAAGCCGCAUCAAUGUCAACACAUCGGCUGCGGAAAGCGGUUCUCUGACUCCUCGAGUUUGGCCAGACACCGCCGCAUCCAUACUGGCAAACGCCCGUAUAAGUGCGCACACGAUGGUUGCCUGAAGAGCUUCUGCCGCAAGACCACCAUGGUCAAGCACCAAAGGAGAUCUCACCAGCGCGGCCUGCACCCCAACGAGCUCAUGGACGACUGCACCUCGGACUCUGACAGCGGCGAGUCACCUUCGACCCCGAAGCACGCCGGUAUGCAGUGGCCUCCUCAAGGCGUCAUGGCCAUGAACCACCCUGGCAUGCACGGCGGCCACGCCAUGCACCGAGCCGCGUCCUUCGCCGACUUCGGCCAGCACAUGAACGGCUACCCCAUGCAGCAGCAGCAGCAACCGCAGUACGGUGCUCACCGCCACAGCCUGUCUUCAGGUGGCGCCCACGAGUUCCACGGCCAGCCCGUACACGAGCAGCAACACCCCGGUGUGCAGAUGCUGCACCGAACCGCGAGCAUGCCCCAGCACUCGUACUACGUGACCGAGCAGAACAAUCCGGGGGUCGCCACCAUGAACACGAACCCCAUGGCGAACCAGUACGGCCAAGUGCCUCGGCAGCAACAGCCGCAGGUCGAUAUCCCGUACUCAGCAGCUGGUAUGAAUCAGUCCAUUCAGAGCAGCCCGAGCAGCUUCUCGGCGGCAUCGGGUAGGAGCCCAUCCAUUCCCGGGGAUUUUUACACUCACCAACCAACUCAAGCAGCAACGUACGCAUUGCACAAUGCCUCCCCCGUUAUCGAGCAACAGCAGCAGCCGGGCAUGGUCCCGUACCCGCAACAGAUGCACCAGCAGAUUCACACUCCCCAACCGAUCCCGACCCAGGCGCCCCCGCCUCCGCCGCAGCAGCAGGUCUCGGCCUAUGCCUCCCCGACGCCCCAAGGGCAGUCCGAUGAGUACUGGAACAGCGUUCCGUACCAAGCACCGGUCGAGGUCGCCACCAUCGGCCAGCUUCCGACGUACGGCUCCGGCGUCUACGACCCUUGGGGAGGACCCAAGAUCGAGUUCGAGGACCCGUCGAUGCAACUGCCCUCGGCGCGUAUCGAGAACCUGUAG